UCCUGCUGAAGAAGCUUUCACAUGUGGUCUUCUAAGGUAGCGCCGGCGAGCCCAGCCUAAUCCCAUGUAGCCUGUGUCCUGUAGGCUCAGCUUCUGAGCUUAAUGUAUAUAUAAAUGUCAAAUGUGACACAUUAAUGUAUUAAACUUGGUAUAUAUAGUAUAGUUGCUAGUAGCUUUAGUUUCCAUCUUGCCUUGGUUUCAACAAAUCAAAAGAUGGGAACAAUUACAACAACAGCUAAGUUUUAUGUCUGUGUGGUGUUAUUAGCAGUGGUUUUCAGAGAUGUGAUCAAUGCAGUUGAGUAUGAAGAAGGGUUCAGCUUCAACAUCAAGGAAGCCACUAUAGAGGACAUACAAAAAGCCUUCACACAAAACCACCUAACGUCCAGGAAACUUGUUGACUUCUACCUGCAGAGGAUUCAAGCCCUCAAUCCUACACUUCGCGCCGUGCUGGAAGUCAAUCCGGACGCGCUUGAUCAAGCGGACCAGGCUGAUCGCGAGAGAAGGCGAGGAAAUCAGAACCGUUCAUUGCUGCACGGGGUGCCCGUGCUGCUCAAGGACAGCAUUGCCACCGCGGAUGAGCUGAACACCACGGCAGGGUCUUUUGCGUUGCUCGGGUCAAGGGUUCCACGAGACGCGCACGUGGUGGCGAAGCUGAGAGACGUUGGUGCUGUGAUUCUUGGGAAAGCUAGUCUCAGUGAGUGGUAUGGGGUUCGUUCUUCCACCAUGCCACAAGCUUGGUGCGCCAGAGGUGGACAAGCAUUGAAUCCUUAUGUGGAGUCUCAAAGUCCAUGUGGUUCUAGCUCUGGACCCGCUAUUUCAGUGGCAACAAACAUGGUUGCAGUUUCACUGGGGACUGAAACUGAUGGCUCCAUUAUCUGCCCAGCUGAUCACAACUCAGUAGUGGGGUUCAAGCCCACCGUUGGACUCAUUAGCAGAGCAGGUGUCAUACCAGUUUCACCUCGUCAGGAUACAAUUGGGCCAAUAUGCAGGACAGUUUCAGAUGCAGUUCAUGUGCUUGAUGUGAUUGUUGGGUUUGAUCCCAGAGACUCUGAAGCUACAGAGUCAGCAGCCAAGUUUAUACCUCAAGGUGGUUAUAAGCAGUUCCUCAAGAAAGAAGGGCUUAAAGGAAAGAAACUUGGUGUUGUGAGGGACCCUUUUUUCAAGUCCUUUAAUGGAUCCAAUGCCAUUUCCAUCUUUGAUGAUCAUCUUAAUGUGUUAAGGCAAAGAGGUGCAACAGUGGUAGAUAAUUUGGAAAUAGCAAAUGUGACCAUUAUUCUCAAUCCUUUCCAAAGUGGUGAAGCAAUAGCCUUACUAGCAGAGUUCAAGUUGUCCAUCAAUGAGUAUCUGCAAGAACUUGUUUCUUCUCCUGUGAGGUCAUUAACUGAGAUUAUUGAGUUCAACUUCAAUAACCCUGGUUUAGAAAAGACAAAUGAGUUUGGACAGGAUUUGUUUAUUGCAUCAAAUAUGACCAAUGGCUUUGGACAAAAGGAAUAUGUGGCAAUGGAGAUGAUGAAGCAAUUAUCACAAAAUGGGUUUGAGAAGCUGAUGAAGGAGAAUCAAUUGGAUGCACUAGUGACCUUAGGCUCUGAUGCUUCUAGGGUUUUAGCAAUUGGAGGGUAUCCUGCAAUCACUGUCCCAGCUGGGUAUGAUAGCAAUGGAUUGCCAUUUGGCAUCUCUUUUGGGGGGUUAAAGGGAACUGAGCCAAAAUUAAUUGAGAUUGCUUAUGACUUUGAGCAAGCUACUAAGGCAAGGAAGCCUCCACCUAAUUUUUAAUUUACCAAAGGGAUACCAUGUACUGAAGGAUAACAGAUGAUUUAAGAAUUGAUCAAUAAAAUCAGGUCUAGU